CUGGGUUUAGGUGAGCUGGGAUUCAAUCGCUAUGACAGCUAGUAUUAGGCAAACCAGAGAGCAUGCAUGUCAUUAGGCAGAUCUCCAAACAGAUUCAGUUAACACAAUUGGAAACCAAUAAAUCAACACUAGGCAAAAGGUUUGCUAUCACAAUUCAAAGCACAGGCUGAAGUCCUUGCAGUGAAGGCUCUAUGAGGCUGAAUUUUUACCUCCCUCCCAAACGGAAGGAACUGACUGGCUAAGGGUGCACUCAAGAUUGCACCUACACUGGGAGAGUGGACUACAGGAAGAGAAAGUGUGUGGGUGCAGAGAACAGAGUUGGCACUGCUGACCCUCCAGCCUGACAAACUCUCAGCAAAUCCAUUAUAGUCUCUGGAUUUCCCUGGGCUACAAGAUGUGAUUCUGAGAAGAAAGAUGAGAAAAGUAAAUUUGCUGCAGCAGUUCUGAAGGUUGAUGGAGGGCCAUGCUAUUCAAACAGCAGGCGUGGCUGAGACAGAAGCUCCUGGUGCUGGGAAGCCUUGCUGUUGGGAGUCUCUUGUAUCUAGUUGCCAGAGUUGGGAGCUUGGAUAGGCUACAACCUCUUUGCCCCGUUGAAGGCCGAUUUGGUGGAGCCCGCAGUCAGGUUGAAUUGCCACUCCGCGCCCUACAGUUUAAGCGUGGCCUGCUCCAUGAGUUCCGAAAGGGCAACACUUCCAAGGAGCAGGUUCGCCUCCAUGACCUGGUCCAGCAGCUCCCGAAGGCCAUUAUCAUUGGGGUGAGGAAAGGGGGCACAAGGGCCCUGCUAGAGAUGCUGAACCUCCAUCCAGCAGUGGUCAAAGCCUCUCAAGAAAUCCACUUUUUUGACAAUGAUGAGAACUAUGCCAAGGGCAUUGAGUGGUAUAGGAAAAAGAUGCCUUUUUCCUACCCUCAGCAGAUCACAAUUGAAAAAAGCCCAGCCUAUUUUAUCACGGAGGAGGUUCCAGAAAGGAUUUACAAAAUGAACUCAUCCAUCAAGUUGUUGAUCAUUGUCAGGGAGCCAACCACAAGAGCUAUUUCUGAUUACACUCAGGUGCUAGAAGGGAAGGAGAGGAAGAACAAAACCUAUUACAAGUUUGAGAAGCUGGCCAUAGACCCUAAUACCUGUGACGUGAACACAAAAUAUAAGGCAGUAAGAACCAGCAUCUACACCAAACAUCUAGAAAGGUGGUUGAAAUAUUUUCCAAUUGAGCAAUUUCACAUUGUGGAUGGAGACCGCCUCAUCACGGAACCUCUGCCAGAACUUCAGCUCGUGGAGAAGUUCCUAAAUCUUCCUCCAAGGAUAAGCCAAUACAACUUGUAUUUCAAUGCUACCAGAGGGUUUUACUGCUUACGGUUUAACAUUAUCUUUAAUAAGUGCCUGGCGGGCAGCAAGGGGCGCAUUCAUCCAGAGGUGGACCCCUCUGUCAUUACCAAAUUGCGCAAAUUCUUUCACCCUUUUAAUCAAAAAUUUUACCAGAUCACCGGGAGGACAUUGAACUGGCCCUAAAACAAUACCCUACAACACUGUGUGUUGUUCCUGGGGACACACAAUGUCUCCUCUAGAUUAAAAUAUGCACUUUUCUUAGACACAACUAUCCAAGUCAUUUUUCCAUGUAUACUUGUACAUAAUACAGUGUGUGACCAAAUAUGAUAUCAGUUUUUUUCUACUGAAAAUUUACAAAAAUAAAUAAGUAAGUUGAUGUCUGCAAAGUUGCAUCUUUUAAACUAUUUUACAAAAAAAAAAAAAAAGAAGAGGUGGUGGUAAAGGAAAAAGUGACUUCA